UUAUACACGAACAAAACGUAUGGUUAAUAAAUCAAUCAUGCAUGUAAUUACUGAAAAAUUUUCCCCAUUAAAGUUUCAACAAGUUGGUAAGUAGCUGCGAUACGACUGCCGAGUUUAGUGAUUGUGGAUUAAACGGGCGUAAGUUUCGCUUCCAUUCAAUGACGCAAGCUGCUGCAGCUAUCGAUACCAAACCGUGAAUCGAUUUAUGAACAACGCAAGAAACAGAAGCCAAGGACUAGCUACGUACGAUGGCUGAACAGUGCGAUGAAAACUUGCUGGAUGAGGAUUUCGGGGACGAGGAAUACGAGCUGGGAAAUGACGAAGAGGAAGCGCUGCUAGCGGAUGACUAUGAACUUGAGACGCAGAGUAGCUAUAAGGGAGAAGAGGAAACAGAUGACGUGUUGGAUUUAGGCGUUACCGAUGCUCUCGACGACUUAGAGGGGGAAGAAGAAAAUGUAAAUUAUAGCGGUGUUACCGAUAACCGUAACCAUAACAACUAUUAUGAAGAGCAACACGAGAACGCAGUCAUUUAUCAUUACGGACAGCACGAUUACGAAGAGAAUGUCGGCGGUGAGGGUGAAAAUAUGGGAAGUGUUUCCAGCAAGCCAGAUCUUAGAGAAAAAUUACAAAAGAGUGCACAAAAAGAUUUCUACGUCGGUAACGGCCAGGGAAUGGAGGACGACGACUGCGAAGAGGCCAAAGAACGGCGGAAUAGAUUUCAAAACGAAAGGACCAUCAUUUCUCCAAAGAUGAACAACGAGAUUCCAGAUUCCUUGGAAAAUGUCGUAACGUCAGAACAGUCACGCCCAUCGUUCAGGGGCAGAGGCAGGGGCAGGGGAAUCAGAGGGAGCAGGGGCGGCAGGUUCAUUGUGCAGAAUAUUCAAACUUUCAAUCCAAGAUUCAAUGGCCCGCGAGUCCCAAUGCAAUUCGAAAACCAACGACCACAGUAUCGAGCGCCGUUACUUGAGAACAGACCACAGUAUGCGCCUCCCGUACCGCGAAUGAAUAUACCAAAUCAGCCAAUAACGCCCUUUCCGCAAAAUAAUGCACAAAUGGUUCCACCGUAUGGGCAAUUUUCAUUGAACGGACCUCAGCAACACCCAAGGCCGCAAUUUGUAGAGAAUAGACCGCCGUUCAAUCCUAAUCAGUUUCAAGGGAUGAUCGGACCACCGGGUCCAAGAUUAAUGGGACCGAGACCAGAGUUCGACCCUCGCGGUCCGCUGCUCGGUCCUGCACCCCAGCAAAACUAUCCGCCCAAUCAGCAGCCGCCUCCUCAGUUUAUUAUACACAAUCAACCGCAGCAUUUUCAAAAUCAAGGACAACCGAUUCAGGGAAAUCCAGGACCCAUGCCUAUGCAAGGAAACCAAGUGCCUGUCCUACCAGUUAAUCAGGGCCCUCCAAUGCAGGGGAACCAGCGUCCCAUGAUGCAACCCCAUCAGGGCGUUCCUCUUCUCAGAAAUCCCGGAGCGUUGAUGCCCGGACAUUUGCGUCCGCCGAUUCACAACCAAAUUCCAGUUAUGCAGAGCCAUCCUAAUACCCCGAAUUUACCCAAUCCAGUCACGUUUGAAAAUGUACCACCUUAUCAAGAUCCGCAUUUCUGUCAGGAGGGUAGACCUGUUUACGAUUCGAGACCAGUUUACAACGAUCAACCUCCGCCAAAUCAGUAUAAUAACGGACCUCCUGCACCACCUGCGCAGCGGACACCUGGAAAUGUACCCAACCCACUUCCGCCUGGUCACAAAAUAUUGAUAAACCCACAUUUUCGAGGCGCUGUUCAACCGACUCAAGAUGCACGAUUACCAUGGGAUUCAGCUACUCAACAGCAGCAACCACCACAACAGCAACAGCAACCACCACCGCCAUCUUCGCAGAACAUCAACGAACCGUUCAUCCACCCACAAUCCACGCAGUUUCAAGAUCAACGACCCUACAACCAGCCGUCCGCACCAGCUCAGCCACAACGGGAUUACAGUCAGCAAAAUGUUCAACAAAAUAAAAGCGACGAUCCUUAUGCGUACUUUUCUGACGUCUGGCAGGAAAACAAACCGCAAAAGCCGCCAUCCGUCAAUUCUAGUACUUCAUUUCAGAAUGAAACUAGUUACAAUAAGGACAGUUACUACAACAAUUUUGAUAAUAACUACAAGUCACAGAACCAGUGGGACUCGAGAGACAGUUAUCAGACAUGCUGUUCGCUAAGUACUCACAAUGUUAUGGACUAUUCGAAUGAACAGAGAGAGCACCAACCAAGCUAUCGGGAAAGGGACCUUCAUUCCCGUUCAAACUCAGAACGACCCCGCGAAAGUCGAAUUCCUUCAACAAAUUUGAGUUAUCGUAACGAAAAUUAUGACCUUAAUCGUCAGCAAAGAACGUCAAUUGGUAGCAGAACUGCACCCAGCAGUACACAGAGAGGAAUCGUAAGGUCACAGCAAAAAAGAAGUCCCGAAGGAUAUUCGGACAGAGGACCGAGGGAAUCAAGUCCAAAAAGACCAAAGUUAAGCAACAGAAAUUUGCACGAAGUGAAAACUGUCGAUACUCUGCCAGACGCAACUGGUGAUAAAAAGACGUAUGAGACCGAGGGCCCAGAAAUGAGAGAGUAUCGCAAGAAGCUUGAGGAACAGAAACGUAUGCGGGAAAAAUUUCUACGGGAAAAGGAGAACAGGCGAAAAAUCGCAGCUAUGGAGAAACAGUACGACAAAGAAAAGGCCGAGAUUGCCGCUGGCGCUGAAGAAUCGAACCAAGAAACAAAACCGGUGUCGGUUAUAACAGGCGUCACCAAGGAUCUUAAAGUUCGUCCAGCCGUCAGCAGAGGCCGAAGUCGCCCUGUCGGUGGACAAACCACAGAGGGACUGGAGAGAUCAUCCGGUAUGCGAAUUGUGCGUACAAUUCAGACCUUACAACCAACUUUGCAACCAAACGCCUCGAGUAAGGAUGGUGAAAAGAAUACGGUGGCUACAUCUGCUGUACCUACAAUUAAAGCGAACGAUGGAAUUAUCAAGAGACAAACAUCUCAGCAACAUGGAAUUCGAAGGGUAGUAAUCCACAAGACACUGCCGAACACACAAAAGGUUGCCACUACAAUACAGAAGACUGUGUCCAAUCUGCAAAAAACUGUGCAAAAGAUUGGUGGUGGCGGUAACGCAACGAGUGGAGUUCAAAAAACCAUUGUGAAGAAAAAUCUUGGAGGAAAUGCGCAAGUGUCUGUGACAAAUGCGCCCAAGAAUUUAAACAUGAACAACCAGAAGGUUGUUGUUAAUACCCAGAGUAACCAGAGGGUCGUUCUUCAGAAAUCUCCGCAGCAAACGAGGAAGUUACCGGAGAUCAAGAGCAACGUGGUGAGAAUUGAAAACUUGGCUGCUAGCACAACAGAAAAUCAAAUUCGACGGAUGUGUCAAGGAAUUGGCACGCUUGAGAGCAUACGCAUGACCGAGGGCAGUGCUACAAUCGUGUUUAAGACGCAGUCUGCUGCUCUUGUCUUUCACAAGAAAUACCAACGUAAAAUGCUCGACCUUUCAUUGAUAACGGUCCAUCUUGUCCCGCAGGCUACCGGAAACCGGCCGAUUCCUACCGUUGUAAAAAAAUCUUGAACAUCGAAUUAUGUAAAUUGAGAAAAUCACAUUCUAUGCAUUUUUAUGUAACAAUGCAAAGUAAUAAGUAUGUCUACAUGUGUCAGCUCAUGUAACUGUUUAAUCCGUUCGACUAGAGAACAAAAUAUUAGUAUAAUUUUCGACAACGUACAAGAAAAAUAGAUU